CAUCACCAUUACCACCACCAUCUCAUUCAUCUUCUCUCUCUAGGUCUUGUCGUACUCUCCGCGAUGGACCAUUUGGACUUUUCGGCUGGAAAAUCAUCCAGACGAGAGCUCCAAAGGGCCCGUCCUGCCCCUCUGAAAGUACAUAUAGACUCACAUAGGAUCAAAAAACCACCGGUGGUGCCAUCCCAAACACCCCCUCAUCAGCAAAGCCGGCCACCGGUCAUUACAUAUGUGGUCUCUCCAAAGGUUAUUCACACAAACCCUAGUGAGUUCAUGGCACUAGUCCAACGUCUCACUGGCUUGUCAUCUUCAAAGUGUUCGGCCAAAUAUCCCAUGUCUCCAAAUAAUAUUUCUGGGUCCCACUAUAUAGGUGAGCGUACAAUAUCGUUGAAAUCUCCAAAUGGACAAUUACCAAGGCAAGAUUCUACGGCUAACAAUGCAUGGGGACAUACAGAAGCAAAUAGUUGGGCACAGGGGAUCACAUGUCCAAUUGCGAUUUCGCCAGAAAAGACUAACAGAUUCCCAGAAGAAAAGAAACCACAAGUUGGCGAUUUGGGCAUGGUUAAAGGUACAAAUAUAAGCACAGAAUUACCUGGUAGGACUAGUUUUUUUCCCGGGAUUUUAUCGUCCGGUCAGACGUCGGCUCUUCCAACUAUGACACCAAACUUUUUCCCUCCACCAUCUGAUCAAAAUCCUCUGAGUUUUUAUCAAGAUUUGAGCCCUUCAUUAAGAGGUAACAAGAACUAUUUGGAGGGCAAUUUCAUGACUAAUCAUAGUUCAUACUUUCUUUCACCUCAUAUGAUAACAACCCCUACUCCAUGUCUAGACCUUUUCAACAACUCUUUCACUUUCAAGAGAGAGAACUAGAGGAACAUAUGCAGAUGUGCAGCUGGUUUCCUUUAGUGUUAUUUUCAAUUAAUGGUGAGGUUUGAGGAUAAUACAAAGGGGACUCAAAUGGGUAUUAACUAUUUGUAGUCUUUUGUGCAUAGAUUGAAUUAGUGGGCGCUCGGGUUGAUUCGACAUUUCUUUGUUAAGAACGCUCAUCACUCCUGUUUUAUUUUACCAUGUUUGUUGUAAUAUUUGUGGUAUGUAAUUUGCAACCCAACCCUAAUGUAAAUUUCCUGUUCUUUCGAUUCCCUAAUUAAUUUGCUUGUUCUCCUUUCAAUAUCUAUGAAGUGUUCGGAUUCCCCCAACUGUC